AUGGCUGCGACUCAGACUCUCCCUGCUUCGGCCGCCGAGGCCUACGACUACAUCGUCGUCGGUGGUGGCACUGCUGGUUGCGUCCUUGCUUCACGACUCUCCAGCUACCUCCCCGAGCGCAAGAUCCUCAUCAUCGAGGGUGGCCCAUCCGACCUCGACCUCAGCAACGUCCUCGACCUCCGCCAGUGGCUGUCCCUGCUCGGUGGUGAGCUGGACUACGACUACGGCACCACUGAGCAGUACAAUGGCAAUAGCCACAUCCGUCACUCGCGCGCCAAGGUCCUCGGUGGCUGCUCCUCCCACAACACCCUCAUCUCCUUCCGUCCUUUCCGCCAUGACAUGGACCGUUGGGUCUCCAAGGGCUGCAAGGGCUGGAACUUUGAGAACAUUGUCCGCCAUGUUGACAACCUCCGCAACACCAUCCAGCCCGUCCACGCCCGCCACCGCAACCAGCUCUGCAAGGACUGGGUCCUGUCUGCUUCCGAGGCCCUGGGCAUCCCCGUCAUCCCCGACUUCAAUGCUGAGAUCCGUGAGACUGGCCAGCUGAACCAGGGUGUUGGCUUCUUCUCCGUCUCCUACAACCCCGACAACGGCCAGCGCAGCAGUGCUUCCGUUGCCUACAUCCACCCCAUCCUCAAGGGCGAGGAGCGCCGCCCGAACCUGACUGUCCUCACUGAGGCCUGGGUCUCCAAGCUCCACGUCCAAAACGACGUCGCCUCUGGAAUUGACGUCACCCUCAAGAAUGGCCAGAAGCUCACUCUCAAGGCCCGCAAGGAGGUCAUCCUGAGCGCCGGCGCCGUUGAUACUCCCCGCCUCCUUCUCCACUCCGGAAUCGGUCCCCGCGACCAGCUCGAGUCUCUCGGCAUCAAGGUCGUCAAGGAUGUGCCUGGUGUCGGUGAGAACCUUCUCGACCACCCCGAGACCAUCAUCAUGUGGGAGCUCAACAAGCCCGUGCCCGAGAACCAGACUACCAUGGACUCUGACGGUGGUGUCUUCCUCCGUCGUGAGGCCUUCAAUGCCGCUGGCAACGACGGCGAUGCAGCUGACAUCAUGAUGCACUGCUACCAGAUUCCCUUCACCCUCAACACGGGCCGUCUGGGCUACCCCGAGGUCGCCGAACGCUAUGCCUUCUGCAUGACUCCCAACAUUCCUCGACCUCGCUCUCGUGGCCGCAUCUACCUUACCUCUUCUGACCCCAACGUGAAGCCCGCUCUUGACUUCCGCUACUUCACCGACCCCGAGGGUUACGAUGCGGCCACCUUUGUCGCUGGCAUCAAGGCUGCCCGCAAGAUCGCCGAGCAGGCUCCCUUCAAGGACUGGCUCAAGAAGGAGGUCGCCCCCGGUCUCGGCGUGCAGUCGGACGAGGACAUCAGCGAGUACGCCCGCCGCGUCGCUCACACUGUCUACCACCCUGCCGGUACUACCAAGAUGGGUGACCUAAAGCGCGACGGCUACGCCGUUGUGGACCACGAGCUCAAGGUUCGCGGCAUUGGAAAGCUGCGCAUUGCUGACGCCGGUGUCUUCCCUGACAUGCCUUCCAUCAACCCUAUGGUGACUGUUCUUGCUAUCGGUGAACGUGCUGCUGAGCUGAUCGCCAUGGAGGAGGGCUGGAAGCCCGACAACAACAAGCCCAGACUGUAA